AUGGUAUACAAAGAUAAAUUAUCUGCACAAACUCUUAUUGCUCAAAUUAUCAAAUUUAAGGAAAAAGAAUUUUCAUACAAAGUUGGAUAUGAUAGCCAAGAUAAAAAUGAUAUAAGCAAAAACUAUGAAGAUGAAAAUAAUAGAGAAUCAGAUGAUGAUUUAGAGAUUUCUAAUCAUCAAGUAGUAGUUCUUGUUAUUAAUAAUAUUGUAGAUUUGUAUCAUCAAGUGUUUAAUCAAGUAGAGGAUUUGUAUAUCUCUAAUGAAGACAAUAUCAAUUCCAAUAUCGCUAUAAAUAAAGAUCAUAAAUUUAAUUUAGAAGAAUUAGUUCAAGAUCUUGAAUAA